CCCCGCGAAGUCCGGCGGCGGCGGCGGCGGCGGCGGCUCCAUGGCGAGGCGGCGGCCGGCCCCGCUGGCCCUGCCCGGCUGCCCGUACUCGGUGUCGGUGGUGCAGGAAGGCUACUGCCGGGCGCAGGCGGACGGCUCCACCCUGGCGGACGGGACGGUGACGCUGGUGCUGGGCCCCCGCCUGACCCUGGUGGACACGGGCGGGCCCUGGGCCCGUGAGCGGCUGCUGGCCGGCCUGGCGGAGCGGGGCGUGUCCCCGGGCGACGUGGCCCACGUGGUGUGCACCCACGGCCACUCGGACCACGCUGGCAACCUCAACCUCUUCCCGCGGGCCGAGCUGAUCGUGGGCACGGACGUCUGCCAGCCGGGGGGCCGCUACCUGCCGACAGGGCUACGCCAGGGCGCCCCCUACGCGAUCCACGCGGGGCACCUGGAGGUGCUGCCCACUCCCGGCCACACGGGCAGCGACGUCAGCCUCUUGGUGCUGGGCACUUCCCUGGGCAGCGUGGUGGUGGCCGGAGACCUUUUCGAGCACCAGGACGACGACGGGGAGUGGGCGGCCCUGAGCGAAGACCCCGCCCGACAGGCCGAGAGUAGGGCCCGCGUCCUGGGCAUCGCUGACGUCAUUGUGCCCGGCCACGGGCCCCCGUUCCAGGUGUUGAGGGAGGGAGCCGGUGGUGCGAGCUGACGGCGGCGCUCCAUAAAGGGUUGAAUCGAGGCGAGUGGUGGAUCUUUCCUGGCUAAGUGGCUGGUCCCCUGGUGGAGCCCUCCCGCCUGGCGCAUUCAUUGACCCCAAAAGCAGCUGGGUUUGGAGACUUCCAUCAGGACAGUCACUGACGGGCACUGUACCUUUCCUGGGGCUUUUUCAGGCAGGUUCCAUAGCAGGAACCAGCAACCAAUAAAGCUUGGCUUGGGGCCCAGUUGAGGGGAAUGAAGUUGUCUGCUGGCUCCUUGAAAUGAUGGUCGGGUCCAAAAUGGCAAGGUAUGACCAGCUAAAUAAAGAGUUGCAGCUUUUGGCCAGA